CUAUCGGCCGUGUGACGCGCUCCCACUUCCUCCUCCGGAACUGCCGCGUCCCGGUCCUGCGGCGCCUGCGCGUCAGAUCGCCAGCCGAGCCCCGCCGACAUGGCCGCUACCGCCGCUGUUGCCGGGACCCUGCUGACCCUGGUGACACUGGUGACCUCGGUCGCCGCCGGCGCCUGGACAAACGAUGCCGUGCUGGACGCCGACGGCAUGGUCCGCAUCAAGUGGAGGGUGCAUGAUGGGAACUUCACGUGCCAGCUGGAGGUGGACACCCUUGGCUGGGUGGCGUUUGGCCUCUCACCGAACGGAGCCAUGAAAAACUCGGACAUGGUUGUGGCCGGAGUCGACCACAGCAGCGGCCUGCCGUACCUCACGGAUAUGAACAGUCGAGACGGCUACCGGCUUACAGUGGACAAGCGACAGGACUACCACCUGGUGUCGGCCUGGGAGGACGACACGACUACGACGGUGGUGUUUACUCGGCGUCUCAUCUCGUCCUGCCGGCCGGGGGACAUCUCCGACGAGGACCGGGACAUCACGGCAGACACACAGCACGUGUUGUACGCCUACCACAGCCGUGAUCCGGCGGUGGUCAGCGAGCCACCCCAGCACGAGCACAGGGGCCGACGCAGCCUGCACCUGACGGACCCAGCCGAGCCGACGCCACCCUCAGACGACGACGCCCACCAGCUGACCACCUGGAGCGUGCGGCAGAGCGCCGUCCGCCUGCCCGCCGAGGACACCGUCUACUGGUGUGACGUCAUCCGCGCGCCGCAGCUCACCACUAAACAUCACGCCAUCAAGUACCGGGCGGUGAUCACGCCCGGCAACGAGAGGGUGGUGCACCACAUGCUGCUGUACCAGUGCUCGGACCGCGACUUCAGUGAUCUGGGCACCCCGGGCGCAGUUCCCAAUGGUGGAUUCCGCUGCUACUCGGCCAACAUGCCCCCUGCCGCCCGCGGCUGUCGCGGCAUCAUUGCCGGCUGGGGCAUCGGAGGCGAGGAUUUCACGUUCCCUGAGGACGUCGGCUAUCCGAUUGGGCCUGACCAUGGAGCCGAGUUCUACAUUCUGGAGAUUCACUACGACCUGGCCGGCCGGUCGGGAGUGGUGGACAGCAGCGGCUUGGAGUUCACCCUGACAUCGACACCCCGGCCAAUGGACUCCUCCAUGAUGACCCUGGGUCACGACAUCUCCCAGCUGCUGGUGGUACCGCCCCGGCUGCCAACAUUGGUGGUGACCGGGCACUGCUCAGACGAGUGUCUGGACCUGGCGCUGCCGCCGGAGGGGGUGACGGUGUUCGCCGCCCUGCCGCACACGCACCUGCUCGGCCACCAGGUGCGGCUGCGCCACUUUCGCCGCGGCGUCGAGCUGCCGCCUAUCGUACGCGACGACAACUACGACUUCAACUACCAGCAGUUGCGUCACGUUACGCCGCGCAAGCUACUGCCCGGUGACCAGCUGACUGCGGAGUGCGUGUAUCGCUCCUCACAACGGGCGAACGUGACGCUGGGUGGCCAGUCGACUUGGGACGAGAUGUGUAUCGUGUUCAUCCAGUACUACCCGGCGAUCAAGCUGGCGCAGUGUGUCAGCACACCACUGCCCCGCGACCUGCUCUCGAGCCUCGGCGUCUGGCAAACCUCCACCAGCCGGUACAAACAGCUGGUGGUGCAGCAACCGCUGGCCUGGCGCGGGGUGUUGUUCGAGGAGUACCUGAACCAGCUGGACUGGACGCCGGACAGGGUCGACAACCUGCAGCGUGUCGCCCGGGACGGCGUGCAUCUGCCCGAGUGCUACCAGUUCGGGCGGCACGUGCUCAGCACGACGCGCAACACUACGCAGUACCCGGCCGGAGCCAAGAAGCUGGGCUGGCUGCGCCGCGCCUCCGCCUGUGAAGACGACAAAGCAGCCAGCAGCGCCACCUACGCGUCUUGCCUGCUCACGGUGGCGGCCCUCUGUUGGAGCGCGCUGUUAGGAUAGGCUCCAUUGGCUGCGGGAUGAUCCCAGCG